CAGCCAGAACAAAGCCAGGUGACCCCUACAUUUAGUGUACAGUCAGAUACCUUUGUGGGUAUUUUAUUGUUUAUCUGUGUUUGUGUGUGUUUGUGAGAGAGUGAGAGAGCAGGGGUGUACGUUUGUGAGUUUGUGAGGGUGUAUUCAGCUUCUCUGGUUUCGCUUAUGGUGUUAAAUUACUCAGUGAGAGCUUUAAUACAGCUAGAGACACUCUUGAUUGGAAGUUUGGAUGAGGGAGUGUGAGGGAAGUGGGGAACAGAGCGGAGCUGGCAGGCAGGACAAAGAGGGCACAGAAACUUCUGCAGAGCCAGGGACAUGGAUUAACCAAAGGCCUGAAUCCAAACUUAGUGUCCAGCAGCCUGAAUGGUAACCAGGAGGAGAGAAGCUCUGGCGCUAUCUUCAGCGUGGCACUGGUUGAGGUUCAUUCUCUGUCUCCGGAACCAGAUUGACCAUCAUAGCUUGCAUCAAAGCAGGCAAUGGAGGUGCCGCUUGUUAAUUUUGAAAACAUGGACGAUGUUGGUAUCAACCUAGGUGACCCAAGCGACUCGGGUUACCCGACCUCACCCAACUCAGAGGCUCCUGAUCAGAACUUGCUGGCCCACCGGCUGGCUUCUCCUCCUCAGUCGCCACGCAGAGGACGACGACAGCGUCAGUCUGGACAGGAAGGGUUGUCCCCCUCCACUCCUCCAACUCUUACCUCCAAGGCAAACUCCAGCAGUGGCAGUCUUAUCUCCAGUCUGAAGCUCUUGGCAAACAGUGAGUCUCCCACUGACAGUGUCUUCAGUAAGAUGCUAAAGGAUUAUUAUGAGAAUGAAGAUCUGUUCGAAAAGCACUGCCAAGAGGAAAAAGAUGAGAAAGUCAUCAUAAAUAUUUCUGGCUUGAUGUUUGAAACCCAACUCAGUACCCUGAGUAAGUUUCCAGAGACACUGUUGGGUGAUCCCAUGAAGCGGUUACAAUACUUUGACCCAAUGAAGAAUGAGUAUUUUUUUGAUAGAAAUCGUCCAUCAUUUGAUGGGAUUCUCUACUAUUACCAGUCAGGAGGGAGACUCCGCAGACCAGCCAAUGUUCCCUUAGACAUUUUUGCUAAUGAAAUUGUUUUCUAUGAGUUGGGCCAUGAAGCAAUGGAGCAGUUUCGUGAAGAUGAAGGGUUUAUUAAAGAACCUGAAGUCCUCUUACCCACCAAUGAACUGCAGAGGCAGUUCUGGCUCCUCUUCGAAUACCCUGAGAGCUCCAGUGCGGCCAAAUCUGUGGCUCUGGUCUCUGUCUUUGUCAUUGUCAUUUCCAUCUUUAUUUUCUGUCUGGAGACUCUUCCAGAGUUCAGGGAUGACAGCGAUUUUCCUCCAGGUUUCAUCCAAAUGAUCAAUGGAACUGCCUCUUACCCUGCCCCUAAAACUGUGUGGACAUAUCUCACGGACCCAUUUUUUAUUGUGGAGACUAUUUGCAUUAUAUGGUUCUGCUUUGAGCUUGGUGUCCGUUUUGUGGUUUGCCCCAGUAAGAGUGAUUUUUUUAAUAACAUCAUGAAUAUUAUUGACAUUGUGUCUAUAAUUCCUUAUUUUGUCACCCUGGGAACCGAGCUGGCCACAAAGCCGGACGAAGAUUUGAAUGCAGGUCAGAAUAUGUCCUUGGCAAUUCUAAGAAUCAUUCGACUUGUGAGAGUCUUCAGAAUUUUUAAGCUCUCCCGCCACUCCAAAGGUCUUCAGAUUUUGGGUCAAACCCUAAAAGCCAGCAUGAGGGAACUGGGGCUGCUAAUCUUCUUCCUCUUCAUUGGAGUCAUCCUUUUUUCCAGUGCCAUCUACUUUGCAGAAGUGGAUGAGCCCCAGACGCAGUUUGUUAGCAUCCCUGAUGGCUUCUGGUGGGCUGUGGUAUCCAUGACCACUGUUGGUUAUGGGGACAUGUGCCCAAUUACAAUGGGAGGCAAAAUGGUCGGCACCCUCUGUGCCAUUGCUGGUGUCUUGACCAUUGCCCUGCCAGUCCCUGUCAUUGUCUCCAACUUCAACUAUUUCUAUCACCGUGAGACCGAGCAGGAAGAGAAACAAGUGAUGGAUGCAGCUGCAGAAGCUGCCCAGAAAAUGUCAGCUGCUAACAAGUGUGGAAGUACCCUUUCUCUCAACAAGAGUAAUGGCACAUGGCAAAAUGAGAAAAAUGGCAUGCACUGAGAAAGAUAAGUAAUUUUUAUUAAUGUUAGAGGAAGAUAGACAUUUAAAAAAUCAAGCAUAUGUGUUAAUGAGACAAACUUGGUUUAUUCACUCAUCUUUUUGUACUUCAAAACACUUGUGCAAAUGAUUACAGUAUUAUUAGGCACCAUGUGGUGAGACAACCAGUACACAAACUGUCUGUCUGCAUGUAGAUGUGUCAAAGUGCAAUUAACAUAACUCAGCAACUACUGUUUCAGUAACUCAGAGAAUACAUGGUGCAGCAAGAUAGGACUUCUACAACAGACCGACAUUUCACCUAAAAUUUGGCUUGCUUAGACAGAAAUAGUGUAUAUUUGUCCAUCAGAUGAAAACAAAUCAAGUAAUCUGAGCUCACAUAGUUCAUUGUUAGUCUACACUUUAUCAUACUCAGCAAAAUCAAGAUUGAUCUUGGCAACAUGUUCAAGGGCAGGCAAGUGUUGGACGGUGUAACAAUAGACAUUGGCAUACACAUUGUCUUCUCAGCAGGUCUAUAGGUGCAAACGUACAGCCUGAGGCACCUUUCCAUGUAACACUAUCUGUGUGAUAAAUACCUGGCAGAGUAGCGUGUCUGCUAUUAAUCUUAUAGCUAGCCUGCAAACUUAAAUAUAAACCUGCUUAAUCUUCACCAUACAUGAAAAAGGUUUGCAUGCAGCAGUUUUAGUGAUCAAAAAGGCAGGUUGCUUUUUUUAUCCACAGGUUUUAUUAUUAGAAUUUGGCACCAAGCCCAAAUGAACAUGGUUUUGGCUGUAAAUGGAACAUGUCAACACUUGUUGUAAAGUGAACUUACUCUUUAAAACUGCAUCACUUCAUUGCACUGAAAAUGUUUUUCUAUGUGUGUCUUAAGCACUUUAGGAGCUUCACAUCAUCCAUUGUUGGCAGGGAAAAUGUGUUUAAGUGUACAGAAAUGUGAGAUAAUAUAUAUAGACUAGACUAGGUUAGGGCAAAAAAAAAGAAGUUUUUUUAAAGUAUUUUUUCAUCUGCCUUUUUAUCUCUUAUUUCAAUGCAUGGCAUAGUGGCUAAGCUGAGGCUUAAUCCCCAUUAUCAUAUCUGAACAUUUGAUACAUAUACACACACACACACACACACACACAC